AUGUUGAACAUAAAGUUGACUUUUGCUUUAGCAGCAGCACAGAUACCGCUUGCCGGUGCUGUCACAUCAUCUCUUCGGCCAUGGGCAUUCUCCCCGCUUCCUCUCGGCUCGGUAAAGCCUGGGGGAUGGCUGCUAGGCGAGAUGGUUGCCAUGGCGAACGGCCUGGCGGGCCAUGAGCACGAUUUCUACGUCUAUGUUAACCAGUCCAGCUGGCUCAACACGCCGGGCAAGGGCGGAUCCGAGUACAGCUCGCUGAACGAGGCGCUGCCGUACUGGUUCAACGGGCUGGUGCCACUGGCAUAUCAGCUCGACGAUGAUAGACUCAAGGCGCAGGUUCACGAUGUUGCUGAUACCGUCUUGGGUUAUCAGGCUACUGACGGAUGGAUCGGGCCGGAGGUUGGUGAUGCCAGAAACUUUUGGUCUCGCACUCCUUUCUUCUUUGGCUUGACGCAGCUUGUCGAGGCGGAUAGCUCGUGGGAGACCAGAGUCGUCACGGCACUCCGUCGCUUCAUGACGCUGGCAAACAAGAUGCUUCACAACAACAGCCAGGGAUUUGCAAGCUGCCCUGGAUACGUGGACUGCACUUGGGGACAGGCGCGCGUGCACGAUCUCAUCAUCACGAUUCAGUGGAUGCUGGAAAAAUAUCCAUCUGACCAGGAUUCCCUGUUGUGGGAGAAUAUGAAUCUGUUUUACGCUCAGACGAACUAUAAGUGGGCAGAUUGGUAUACCGAGGGCGUAUUCCAGGAGGUUGUGAAUCCGAAUAAUGCUUCCAAUUUUCCAUAUAUUCACGGAGUUAAUGUCGGCCAAGGCCUAAAGGCAUCUUCCGUCAUCUACAGAAUGACGGGGGACGAUGAUAUGGUCACUAAAAGUCAGAAUGCCGUGGAUUGGACCUUUCAGUACCACGGCUCGGCCUCUGGAUCUGUCCUUGCCGACGAGAGGGAACGCGACUUGGCCCCUUACAUCGGAAGCGAGCUUUGCACAGCCGUUGAGACAGCAUACUCAAUGGCCUACAUGUAUCAGGUUUUUGGAGACAAUUCGUAUGCCGACCGUGCUGAGAAGACCAUUUUCAACGCGUUUCCCGUGAUGAUGACGGGCGAUAAAUGGGCUCACCAAUACAUGGACCAGCCAAAUCAACCGUUUGCACUCAACAUCAUCAAAAGCGACGGCAGCGUGCCGCAAGUCUUCACGACGGCAAAUAGCGGCGUGGCCACAACGUACGGCAUGGAGCCGCUGUAUCCCUGCUGUACGGUGAACCAUCCCCAGGGAUAUCCCAAGUUUGUCUCCAACAGCUGGGUGAUGCACGAAGGCGGUUUGGCGCAUGCUCUGCUUAGUCCAUCGACCGUAAAGACUGUUGUCAAUGGAGGCUCGGUAACGAUUACGUGCGACACAAACUAUCCCUUCAGCAAUGUUCUCAAGUAUUCUAUCAACGCAGAUAAGGCAUUCACUCUAUACCUGCGCAUGCCCGAGUGGUCAAAUAGCCAGAUGUCCACCUUGUCUCAGUCUGGCGCGUCUUCAUCUCGCCUCACCCUGGAUGCAGAUUCUGAGACUGGCAUGACCAAGAUCUUUGUAAAUCCCGGAAAGACUACAGUUACAUACAUUAUCGUCGCAGGGGUAAGGACGGAACAAAGGCCAAACAACAGUGUUGCAGUCUUUUAUGGCAACUUGCUCUUCGCGUUGGACGUUGGCUUCUCACAGACUUCGUCUCUUCCGCAUGGAUAUUAUGACCCCAGUGGUCCCGGUAUUUCUGGCUUGCCGUUCCCUGAGCUCCGAGAUUAUUACGUUAAUAGCACUAAGCCGUGGAACGUCGCGAUCGAUCCCUCCACCAUUAGAUAUCACGGCGUGAGCAGCAUCGCAAUCCUCCCGGAUCCCAUCUUUGAGCAAGGCGCACCACCGAAUUAUAUGACUGUCGAUGGCUGCGAGAUCGACUGGCCCCUGUAUCUAGGCGUGACGCCGGAUGUACCGCCUCUGAAGAGGAAGUGUAUCGGGCAGAGGAAGUCGUACAAGCUGGUGCCGUAUGGAGGGGCAAAGGUACACAUGUCGGACUUGCCAACAAUCAGGUUUUAGGGUCUGAAAUGGCAUUGGAGGGUCGUGAGAUGAUAUACGAUGAAUAGGGCGUUGUAUGAGCGAGAUAUAAUGUUUUGUCGAAUUCUUCCAUUGUUUGUACAUAUGGAAUGAGUCGAUGGCCUUGAUGAUAUCCAGGGUGCUUCUGUGGUGGACAAGGCGGCGAAUAUGAGAGAUCUCUUGCUGUUUUCUGUUUGUAAACCUCUCUUUCUUCUUUCAAAUACCAUGUCAUAUUUGAUUCG